AUGUCGCUGCUGAAGCCGCCCACGCCCAUGGUGCAUCCGCCACAGCCACAUCAGCAUCCACAUCCACAGUCGCAACCACCGCCGCCGCCACGCCCCUUUUUGGCCUGCGAUCCAAUGCCGGCGGAGGCGGAGAUGGCCGACAUGGACUCCGAUUCGGAGCAGGAGCGUACGCAUCUGGACGACGAGGAUGCGGCCAUCGAUGUGGAGGCGGAUGAGGAGCAGGAGCCCGGCUCGCCACUACCAUCAGCCACGCCCCCCAAGGGCGGCCUUUGCCUGGAAAGCAAGGAGCAGUUCGGGCAGCACAAGGAGGUCAGCUCGCCUGCCGCGGAAAAAUCCGCCAACCAAAAGGCCUACUGAGCCAAAUCGAACCAAGUGGUGGCACGGAGGAGAAAGCUUUCCAAAAUAUGUUUCAGGGGUUUCACAUUAUUUCCUAAAGUGUAACAAAAAUUUAAAAUACAUUUGAGAACAAUGAAAUGUUUGGUUACCUUUCUUAUGUAAAGGUAAUUCAAAACAGUUAUUCAGCAUUCUGAAAAUAAAAUUGGAAAGGUUUUUUAUAUAUAUGUAUUGUAUAGUACAUAAUCAUCCCAGUUAGGAAUCAAAUUUAGAUAGUGCUUCUCCAAUCCGUGCACAACCACAUCAAUUGGUUUCAAGUUUUUAUGAUAGUUUGUUCCUAAAAUAAAACCCCUGUAAAUAUUAACAACUCAAGCUCCUUGUAAAUUUAAAUGUCUCUUGCUCAAUAAGUUUAGGCUUUAAAAAGCCCCGCGCCAUGUACAUAAAACCAAUGAAAAGUGGAUUGCGUGGGGCGCUUGAUUUUUCGUACCGUUUUUGUUUUUGGCUUUUGAAUCUUUAAAUUGCUGGUCAAAUGUUAGUUUAGUUCGAUAUGCUAAGCCAAGCUCUUUCUGGGCCAAGGCAAUCAAUGUUAGUUUAGUGCUAUUCGUAAGAUUAAGUGUGUCAAGCAAUUACCAAAUAAUUAGUUAAAUUAUUUAUACUUUUAAUCGAAUGUUAACAUAAUCCAAACUUCAACUGAAACCAAACCAAACUCAUAAGCGUACACACACACAGACACAUCGACAGACAAGAAAUGCUUAUAAAUAUACAAAUAACAA